AUGGUUGAUUGUAAACCUGUUCAGACCCCAAUGGCCAUGACACAGGGUUCUGAUUUAGAGGGUGCUCCUUAUCUAGACCCUACACAGUAUUGCUCCAUUGUUGGAGCUCUUCAGUAUGUUAUAUUGAUACGCCCUGACAUUUUCUUUGCAGUGAAUAAAGUAUGUCAGUUUAUGCAAUCUCCUAGUUCUGAUCACUGGGUUAUGGUCAAGCACAUCUUACGGUACCUUCAAGCUAUAGCUGAUCAUGGAUUACAAAUUCAGAGAUCAACCUCUCGCUCUCUUCAAGCAUUCUCUGAUGUAGAUUGGGCAGGUAGUGGAACUGAUAGGCGUUCCACUAAGGGCUAUGCAAUUUUUUUUGGUCCCAACCUUAUUUCAUGGGCAUCUCGUAAACAGAAGACAGUUGCUCGAUCAUCUACAGAAUCUGAAUACAAGGCUUUAGCAGAUGCAUCAGCUGAAUUAAUCUAG